AUUGGCAGUAUCCUGGCAAUCCAUGACAUAGGCGUUGUCGUGGCGCGGCAGCGGUGGCGUCGAGGAAAACCGAGAAAAGUGGACUGCCGGAGUGGUCCGCGUUACUCAGUAACCGAACCGUUGAGCGGCAGACUGGACGGCGCCCAAACGAAAAAUCAACGUUUUCUACUAUAUUCACCAGCGCACGCGAUUUAUAACCAUCACAUCAAAACGACGAACAAAAGAAAUUACAAUUUAAAAUAAUUCGAAUAAUCACCAUAGUUAGUUAUCGUUUGCACAACAACAACCGUGAGGACUUAUAGCAAAUUCAACCUAGCCCCCGACUCGACGUCCAAAUUGUCGUGUCUAGAUUGUUAUAAACCUUACUAAUGGAUCUCCUUUAGUAAACACAAAAUAAAAUAAAUGGGCGCCAAACGUAAAGCCGAGGCGGCCGCCGCCGGUCCGAACGAAGACGACGGAGUUCGACUUAAAGCCAAAAUGAGUUUAUUGAAUGGCGUUACCGUUAUCGUGGGCAGCAUUAUCGGAUCCGGAAUAUUUAUAUCGCCAUCCGGAGUAUUGCUCAAUACCGGAUCUGUGAACGCAUCUUUGGUUGUGUGGGUCAUAUCUGGCUUGUUCUCAAUGGUUGGUGCUUACUGUUACGCAGAAUUAGGAUGCAUGAUAUCCAAGUCUGGAGCUGAUUACGCGUACAUCAUGGAGACGUUCGGCCCGUUUUUGGCGUUCAUGCGACUAUGGGUCGAAUGCAUGAUCGUCAGACCAUGUUCUCAGGCUAUUGUCGCACUCACCUUCAGUUUGUACGUCUUGAAACCCAUGUACACAGACUGCGAUCCUCCUACCGAGUCUACGCAACUGCUAGCUGCUUGUUGUAUAGUAAUAUUGACGUUUGUCAACUGUUGGGAUGUUAAAUGGGCAACACGAGUACAAGACAUAUUCACCUACGCUAAAUUGUUAGCUCUCAUGGUCAUUAUAACAACAGGAGUGUAUCAACUAGCUGCAGGACAUACCGAACAUUUUACAUUUGAAAAUACAAAGACCGAAGUUACCUCAAUUUCGCUUUCAUUUUACUCCGGACUUUUUGCUUACAACGGAUGGAAUUACUUGAAUUUCGUGAUCGAAGAAUUAAAAGACCCUAUAAGAAACCUACCAAGAGCAAUUGCAAUAUCGUGUGUCCUCGUUACUGUAGUGUAUGUCUGCACCAAUAUAGCUUUUUAUACCACUCUGUCCCCACAAGAAGUAUUAAAUUCGGAAGCUGUGGCUGUUACAUUCGCUGAUAGACUUUACGGUCCCAUGGCUUGGACAAUACCCGUAUUUGUUGCAUUGUCAACAUUUGGUGCAGUAAAUGGUAUAUUACUGACAAGUUCAAGGUUAUUUUACGCUGGCGCGUGUGAAGGUCAAAUGCCACAAAUUCUAACAAUGAUUCAAAUUAAACGGUUGACGCCAGCACCAGCUGUUAUUUGCAUAUGUGCCCUCUCGUUGAUAUACUUACAAAUUUCUAACAUCAAUGCCCUUAUAAACUACGUAGGAUUUGCUACAUGGCUAAGCAUUGGAGUAUCGGUUUUAUGCAUACCUUGGCUCCGAUGGACUCAGCCUCAUCUUAAUAGACCCAUCAAGGUUAAUAUGAUGUUUCCAGUAAUUUAUAUUGGUGCAACACUUUUUGUUACCGUAGUUCCGAUCAUUGCAAGCCCAGUUGAAACAGGGUACGGUUGCUUAAUGAUAUUAAGCAGUAUACCAGUUUACAUUGUUUUUAUUUAUUGGAAAAAUAAACCCAGAAUAUUCAACAAGAUUGUCGGAUGUAUAACCCGCUAUCUCCAAAUGAUAUUAAUGGUGUCUGCGGCAAAAUCGCCAGCAAAAGUUUAAAAUGUCCUUACUACAACAUAUUCCAACACGUACUAAUGAACCACUACUAGCUCUUAUCUUUCUUUUUUCUUUUAUCCGGCUUCUAAGAGAAGAAGAAGAUAUUAUUAGUUAUAGCUAGUGGUUCAUAAGACUAGCUAUUAAUUAUUACUGUUAUUAUAGAUAUUAUAAAACCUAAUCUACAGCCAUAUAUAACAUAAUUUUAGUUAAAUAACUACAUAAUAUAAUAUUGUAACUAAGUAGUGUAUUUAUGACCGUUUGCGCAAAUUAUAUUUAAAAUUUAAGGGUAGUUUAACUAUACCGAAACUAUAAGUUAAAGUCUGCAUAUAUUUUAAGUAUAGUUGGUGCAAAGACCUUUGCUUUGCAAAGAAGAAUUUUAAAUUAAUUUUCAGACAAUAUGGAAGCUAACUUUUGUUGAUACAUUUAUUUUUUCCAAUGUUAUUGAUUUUAUAAUUUAUAUUGUUAUAACUAUUUAUUGUUGACGUGAUUUUGAAGCAUGAAGGUUUUUCUAACCAAAUAAUUUAUACUAUCUUUAUAAUGUAAAUAUAUAAUUUAGAUUUUAAGUUAUAAUAACGGUUGAAUAUUUUUAGUCCUUAUCAGUAUUUAAACAAGACAAUAAUUAUUUUAUUAUCAAUACGAAUUGAUUUUUUUUUUAACAAAAAAUGUUAUUAAUUUUUUUUAUUGUAAUUGUUUUUUUUAUAAUAUGUACCCCGUUUAUACCUACAACUUUGCAUAAUGCAUGUUACCCUUGAACAGGCUGUGUCCAAAAAGGAUUUGCUUAUAUAUAUUAGAAUUUAUGAUGCAAGUGUUUGUAAUUCGUUGCAUUUUUAUAUUAUUUAUACUUAUCUAUUGUUAUAAUCAAUAUACACAUAGACUAUAAUAAUAAUAAUAUAGGUUACCAACAUAAGAUAUAUUGUUCAUUCCACAUAAUAAUUUAAGGUUUAAAAAAUAUGACUGUAUAAUACCUAAAUAUUAUAGAAUAAUGUGUGUACCACAAUACUAAGAAAGUCGAGAGAUAAACUGUACUCAAUACUUAUUAUAUAAUGCCUAUAUAUUAUUGUUUCAAUAUAGGUAAUAUUGUAAGUACUUAGAAGUCAUUGGAAAUGUAAUAUUUACAUUUAUACAGUAUUAUUUGUAAUAUAUAACUGAUAGGUUGUUAAAAUAAUAUGGUUUCAAUAAUUAUAAGACUGAAAAUCAUGCAUUUUAUUUUAAUUAUUUGUUUUCAAACAAAAUAACUAGGUCAAAAUAUGGAUUUAAAAUUUUUUUUUUUAAAUAGGUAUACAAUAAAAAUAAUAUAAAUUAAGUUUUAAGACGUUUUUACAAAAUUAUAAUUAUUUUCUUGACGCCUAAAAUCAAAACUACUUUGGAUUCUAUACAAUAAUAAAAUAUUACUUAAAUUA